AUGUUCGGCACUCCAUCUUCCACUCCCGCCUUCGGCAUGCCGUCUUCCACUCCGGCAUUCGGCACUCCCUCUUCUACUUCCUUUUUCGGCACUCCAUCGUCGACACCAGCAUUCGGCACUCCUUCGACGCCGGCUUUCGCUACUGGAGGAUUCGGUUCUUCUUUAUUCUCUACUCCAUUUACUUCUCAAACUCAACAGCAGCAGCAACAACAAACUCCGCUUUUUCAGCAACCGUCUUCUACUGGUUUCGGAUUUCAACAGCCGCAACAGCAACAGCAACAGCAGCAGUCUCCGUUCGCUACGCCACUUCAAAUGACACCGAUCCCCACUCUUCCUCAAUUGACUACUCAGAUGGCUCCCGUUGCUCCUCUUCCUUUCUCUCUCGCUGAUCGCGACAUUCAGGCGAUUGUGGAUGCUUAUAAGGAGGAGCCUGGGAACCCUAAGUAUGCUUUCAAGUAUUUGCUGUUCAGUGUAACUGAUCCACAGCAUAGACUGAAGCCUCCUGGUGUAUCAGAUAUCAUGUGGGCGGAGGCUAUGGCGAAGCUAGAGGGUAUGGACAGUGCAGAUAGAGAACGCCUUUGGCCUCAGCUUGUUCUAGGUUUCAAAGAUCUUUCUAACCGCCUCAAGCUUCAAGAUGAAGUAAUUGUUUCAGAUGCAGAGAGAUUGCAAAUGACCCAAAGCAAUGUAAAAAUGGUACUGUCUGUCUGCCUUUCCACUCCACACGUCAUAUUUCUGGAUACUGUUUUGACAUGCAAGUAUUUUUUUAAGCUUCAAAGGCAUUUUCAAGCUGAGACUCUUCCAUGGAUUGAAAGAAUGAGACAAAAAGAGCAAAUUCUUCAGAGGCGUCUUUUAAGGGUGAUGAGAAUAAUGGAGGCAUUGGAGGGUAAGGGUUGCCGAUUGCCCUUAACAAAAGGGGAAGCUGAAUUGGCUGAGAAGUUAGCUGCAAUAACCAGACAGCUAAAAGGAUCUGGAGCAGAACUUUCUAGGAGAGUUCAAAACCUACUUACUGUAUCUCGUGUUCAAGCGAAUGGAAUUGGUGCUGGAGGUUCUCUUUAUCUUCCAGGAUCAACCAAAAUACAUGAAGAAAGUCUUGCUGAUAUGCAGGAGGUUUUGCAACAGCAGACUGAAGCUGUCGCAAGGCUUGGCAAUGUGUUGAAGCGAGAUAUUAGGGACAUGGAAAUUAUGAUGGCUGAGGACACAGAAAUGACAGGAUAA